AAAAAAAAAAAAAAAAAAAAAAAAAAAAAAAAAAAAAAGACUCUUCUUCACUCUAAAUCACUUUCUUUUGCUGGACUGGGACACUGGGAUAUUAAAUAUACGGCACAUCCAGGAGUUUAUUGGAGCGCAGACUGAUGGCGCAAAGGUACGAUGAGCUGCCCCACUACGGCGGGAUGGACGGCGUAGGGGUGCCGGCGUCCAUGUACGGGGACCCGCACGCUCCCCGGCCGAUCCCCCCAGUGCACCACCUCAACCAUGGCCCCCCGCUACACGCCGGACAGCACUACGGCGCCCACGCCCCGCACCCCAACGUCAUGCCGGCCAGCAUGGGCUCCGCUGUCAACGACGCUCUGAAGCGGGACAAGGAUGCGAUCUACGGGCACCCGCUGUUUCCCCUCCUCGCCCUGGUCUUUGAGAAGUGCGAGCUGGCGACCUGCACGCCCCGGGAGCCCGGCGUGGCCGGCGGGGACGUCUGCUCCUCCGACUCCUUCAACGAGGACAUCGCCGUCUUCGCCAAGCAGGUCCGCGCUGAAAAACCACUUUUUUCUUCAAACCCAGAGUUGGACAAUUUGAUGAUCCAAGCAAUACAAGUGCUAAGGUUCCACCUCCUGGAGUUAGAGAAGGUUCACGAAUUGUGCGAUAACUUCUGCCAUCGGUACAUUAGUUGUUUGAAAGGAAAAAUGCCAAUAGACCUUGUUAUCGAUGAAAGGGAUGGCAGCUCCAAGUCAGACCACGAGGAACUCUCAGGAUCUUCCACAAAUUUAGCCGACCAUAAUCCUUCAUCUUGGAGAGACCACGAUGAUGCAACCUCAACGCACUCGGCAGGCACACCAGGGCCCUCCAGUGGGGGCCAUGCUUCUCAGAGUGGAGACAACAGCAGCGAGCAAGGGGAUGGUUUAGACAACAGUGUAGCCUCACCUGGUACAGGGGAUGAUGAUGACCCAGACAAGGACAAAAAGCGACAGAAGAAAAGAGGCAUUUUCCCCAAAGUAGCAACAAAUAUCAUGAGAGCAUGGCUUUUCCAGCAUCUCACACAUCCAUAUCCUUCAGAGGAGCAGAAGAAACAGUUAGCCCAAGACACAGGACUUACAAUUCUACAAGUAAACAACUGGUUUAUUAAUGCCAGAAGAAGAAUAGUACAGCCUAUGAUUGACCAGUCAAAUCGAGCAGGUUUUCUUCUUGAUCCUUCAGUGAGCCAAGGAGCAGCAUAUAGUCCAGAGGGUCAGCCGAUGGGGAGCUUUGUAUUGGAUGGUCAGCAGCACAUGGGAAUCCGGCCUGCAGGUUUGCAAGGCACGCCAGGGGACUACGUAUCUCAGGGUGGUCCUAUGGGUAUGAGUAUGGCACAGCCAAGUUACACUCCUCCCCAGAUGACCCCACACCCUACUCAGUUAAGACAUGGACCCCCAGUCCACUCAUAUUUGCCAAGUCACCCCCAUCACCCAGCCAUGAUGAUGCACGGAGGACCCCCUACCCACCCUGGAAUGACCAUGUCAGCACAGAGCCCCACAAUGUUAAAUUCUGUAGACCCCAAUGCUGGUGGACAGGUUAUGGACAUUCAUGCCCAAUAGUAUAAGGGAACUCAAGGGGAAAAAACAAAACAAAACAAAAACAAAAACUAUUUUAAGACUUUUGAACUUUGACCAGAUGUUGACACUUAAUACGAAAUUCCAGACAGCUGUGAUUAUUUUUUACUUUUUGUCAUUUUUCAUCAACAACAGAGGACCAACGAAACAAGAACACAAGUGUGAAAUCAUGGGCUCACUGAAAUGAAUAUGUCCAUGUACAGAUCCUCUGGAAAAAAAAAAAAAGACUCCAAGAGUUAUAACUACUGUAGUAUAAACAUAGGAACUAAGUUAACUUGUACAUUUCUGUUGAUCACUCCGUUACGUUGCCUCAAAUAGUUUUAGAAGAAAAAAAAUCCUUGUUUUCCACACUAUGUGUGUUGUUCCCAAAAGAAUGACUGUUUUGGUUCAGCAGUGAAGUCACUAUCCAUGAAAGACCUGUUUUGGCCAGUGAGGAAAGAGCUACCCUGGAGAUGAAGAUGAAAAGUCUUGCUGGGUCUCUCAUCACUCAAAAGACUGUUCCAAGAAGGCCUUGCCAUUCCCUCAUUUUGUUCCUUCAUAAAAUGUGUCCUUUAGUUUCAAACAGAUCUUUAUAGUUUGUGCUUCAUUAAGUCUCUCCCCAUUCCUCCCCAAUCUAUUUUUUUUUUUUGGACUCUUCUUCAAAGAGCUUGCAGGUGAAGAUUUAAAAGACAGAAAAGACAGAGCAGGAGCUUCUUCCAGUGGUUCUGAGCCUUGGCUUUGGACAAAACAAAACUAAAAGUUGGGCAGCUUUCCUCAAUGAAAGAAAUUACUAACGGUGUUUGCACCAAACCUAGAACUUUAUCAUGAACUCAGAGCUUGGGAAAAAAAAAAAAAAAAAAAGCAAGAGAAUACUGUAACAAACUUCGUACAGAGUUCGGUCUAUUAAUUGUUUCAUGUUAGAUAUUCUAUGUGUUUACCUCAAUUGAAAAAAAAAAAAAAAGAAUGUUUUUGCUAGUAUCAGAUCUGCUGUGGAAUUGGUAUUGUAUGUCCAUGAAUUCUUCCUUUCUCA